UUCAUCAUCCCUAUCCUGAACUUCAGUGCGCACAGCUGAAAACAUCCGAUCAGAGACAUUUAAAAUAUACGCAGUUGAGACACCUGGGCUCUUCAGUGGGUCAUUACACAUUUACAUACAGAUGCAUAGAGUGGUAUUACGCAAAAUGAGAAAUAUAACCCGUUAAACGUUUAAUUUGACAUUGUGGCGCAUCAGAUUUUUGACACAUAGGAACAUGACCUGAUUUGUCAGUGACGUUGUAGGUUGUAGGACAACAAGCGCAUGCUCACUUGGUCUCUAGCGCCUUUGUGUGGAGGACUGCGGAGCUACCGCCGUUAAUAAAUACACACAGGCGUCACACACCGAAAGCUUGCCAAACAGCUAAUCAUGGUGAAUGUAAAGAAACGGAAAGGCCGGGUCGUAAUUGAUUCCGACUCAGAAGAUAGUGCAAGUGAUGAUAAUCUGGAUCAGGAGCUGCUGUCCUUAGCCAAGCGCAAGAGGGUAGAUUCAGAUGAACAGGAGGAGCCCGUUUCCAAGCCUGCCGCCUCCUCGGACUCCGAGACCUCCGACAGCGAUGAUGAGUGGACGGUCGGUGGAGGUUCCAAGAGCAAGAAGAAGGUCAAGCCGGCCAAGCCGGAGAAGAAGACCACCAGCACCAAGAAGAAGGUGAAGGCAGCAUCAUCAGGCAGCUCAGAUGGAGACAGCUCCGCAGAGAGCUCGGCACCCGAGGAAGGAGAGGUGUCGGACUCGGACAGCAACAGCUCGUCCUCCAGCUCGGAGUCGGACUCUUCUUCAGAUGACGAGGAGUUCCGAGACGGCUACGGGGACGAUCUGAUGGGGGACGAGGAGGACCGAGCCCGUCUGGAGCAGAUGACGGAGAAGGAGCGUGAACAGGAGCUCUUCAACCGUAUCGAGAAGCGAGAGGUGCUCAAGAGGAGGUUUGAAAUCAAACAGAAACUGAAAAAGGCCAAAAAGAAGGAGAAAGAGGAGAAGAAGAAGAAACAGGAGGAGGAACAGGAGAAGAAGAAACAGUCAAAGGCUGAAGAUCCUCAGGUGGUGACGUCCCACAACAAAGAGCGGCGGACAAAGAGGGAUGAGAAGCUGGACAAGAAGUCUCUGGCCAUGGAGGAGCUGAAGGCAGAGAGAGAAAAGAAGAAGAACAGGACGGCUGAGCUCCUGGCCAAGCGGCAGCCUCUGAAGACCAGCGAGGUCUACUCGGAUGAUGAAGAGGAGGAGGAAGAGGAUGACGACAAGUCAUCAGUGAAGAGUGAACGCAGCUCACGCUCCUCGUCGUAUGAUGAGGACGAAGAGAAAGAAGAAACGCCCCCCAAGUCCCAACCCGUGUCCCUUCCCGAAGAGCUGAACCGUGUUCGUUUGUCAAGACACAAACUCGAGCGCUGGUGCCACAUGCCUUUCUUCGCAAAGACCGUCACAGGCUGCUUCGUGCGCAUAGGCAUCGGCAACAGCAGCAGCAAGCCUGUAUACAGGGUAGCUGAAAUUAUUGACGUUGUUGAAACUGCAAAAAUCUAUCAGCUAGGUACAACGAGAACAAACAAAGGCUUCCAGCUGCGCCAUGGAAAUGACACUCGAGUCUUUCGAUUGGAGUUUGUUUCCAAUCAGGAGUUCACAGAGAACGAGUUCAUGAAGUGGAAAGAAGCGAUGAUCAUAGCAGGAAUGCAAGUCCCAACUUUGGAUGAGAUUUCCAAGAAAGAACAGUCAAUUAAAGAAGCGGUUAAUUACAAAUUCAAUGACAAAGACAUUGAAGAUAUUGUAAAGGAGAAGGAUCGAUUCCGUAAAGCUCCGUCAAACUACGCCAUGAAGAAAACACAACUCCUAAAAGAGAAGGCUAUGGCAGAGGAGAGCCAAGACGGGGACCGGGCAAAGCAGAUCCAAGACCAGCUGAACGAGUUGGAGGAGAGGGCCGAGGCCCUGGACAGGCAGAGGACCAAAAACAUCUCUGCCAUCAGCUACAUUAACCAGAGGAAUCGCAGUUGGAACAUUGUGGAGUCUGAGAAGGCUCUGGUGGCAGAGGGCCAGAACGCCCAGGAAAAGCAGAUGGACCCUUUCACAAGGAGACAGUGCCAGCCCACCAUGGUGUCCAACGCCAGAGACCCUACAGUCCAUGCAGCUAUCAUUGCCCACCUGAACCAGAAGUACGGCUCUGGCUCAGCAAACAAUGAGAACCCCCUGGACAAGAACAAACUGGGACAAAGCAGCCAGAAAGACAAAGAUGUCACCAAGACAAACAGCGACCUCUCAGAAGACCUCUUCAAAGUCCACGACUUCGACGUGAAAAUCGACCUUCAGGUCCCCUCCGCAGAGACCAAGUCUCUGUCGGUGAGCUCCAACGCUCUGCCAGUGAAAGACGGAGCUCCGCGCCGCUCGCUCAACCUGGAGGACUACAAGAAGAGGCGAGGGCUCAUCUGAAGAGCCACGACACCCCUCCUCCCUCCCCUCCAUACCCCUCCAUCCUCCCGUCCCUGUCCCUCAGUCAACCUGCAUGUGUUUAGCCAUAGGAGCUGAGGCAGGCUAAGGCGAAGGAUACCCCCUUCAGUGUACGUGUGUGUGUGUGUGUGAGUGAGCGGUGAGUGACUGCAUGAACGGUUGACUGUGUAUACGUAUGUACAAGCAAAAGUGUGUGUGUGGUCAGUGUGUGCGCACAAAUGAAAGGUGUGUGUGUGUGUGUGUGUACAAAUGAAAGGUGUGUAUGUGUGUGCACAAAAUGAAAGUGCAUGGUUGCGUGUGUGCAGACACGUUGGGAGCGAGUAUGCACCAAUGUACAUGCUGUAUGUGUAUGUACAAACUCCAGCAUAUAUCGAUACGAAUGGGUUGUGUGAUUGAAACUAGAGUACGCAUCUGUUUGUGUGUUAAUGUUUGUGAGGGAUGCUAAAACAGAUAUGGCUUCGUAUGGAUGUCCAUAGAAAGAGAGUGUGUAAGUACUGUAUGAGUGUGUAAACGUUUCAUGACAGAAAUGAUUCAAAGUAUUGAGUGUAUGCUAGUGUGGAUGUUGAUGGAAUCAGUUUUCAUAGUGUGUGCGUGCGUGUGUGUGAGAGAGAGUGUUUGCAAGCAAAUUUUUCAACCCAAAAGUGAGAGGAUAUAUUAAAGAGGAAAGUAAAACUGUUAUAUGUUCUUUUUAUGGGAUUGCUCAAGGGGGAAAAAACUGUCCACUGGUCGUUUGCGUUGUGUGCAGAAGUCGUACCCGGAAUUGUAUUUUCCGUAGAAAAUUUCUUUUCUUUUUUUUCAAAUGCAUAUAAAUAUAUAAAUAUAAUAUUAAUAUUUCCCCUCAUUGACAUUCUCAUCAUAGAUUCAUAUCUUUUUAUAUCCUGUACACUUUUGAGAGGAACUUUUCUGCUUGUGUAUUCAUGCUUGGAGAGGGUCAUGCUUAUGAGACUUUGGCUUUUCUUUGACACCCAAAAACAACCUGACCUGGAACGAAUGUUCUUUUUUGUAAUUAAGCCUCCAUUAUAUACAUUACUUUCUCCCUAUCAUACUCUGAACAUACCUUUUGGAAAAGGAAGUUAAUAAACAAUAUGGGACUGUCUUUUUUUUAUUUCAAGAUUGGUAAAAUGAAGAAACUCUACCGAUCAAACUUUUUUCUCUGGGUAUUGAAAAUAGUUUGUUUUCUUUUUAUCUUUUUUUUGUUUUUAAGAGAGAGAAAAGAAGAUAAUCCUGUGUCUCCAUUUUCAUGCCCUCAGUUCUCUCCUUCACACAUGGGGCAGGUUUUUUAAGUGUUAUGGAUUGUGUCCUUAGGUCUUGUAUUGAUGUGGCAUGCCAUGUAAAUAUGCGAUUUUGAGUGAGUGCAGCAGAAUAAAGAGGCACUGUUUCUUA